UUAACGCCGACAAAGUUGGAGAGAUUGAAAAUGCAAAUUGCUGGCAGGAAGUGACAGACGAACAGCGACAGCGACGUGGGUGAAAACUAAUUUUGUGGCAGGAAAAACAAGCAAUCAAGUGCAUGCAAGUUCACAGGUUGCACGCUGCGUAUGCGUAAUAAGCAGCAGCACCUGCAUAGGACAGAGGGGAGGAGCAGAAGCAGGAGCAGCGGGAGUUGGUGGUGGCAGUCGACCAUUAAAGUGGCGGAAAUGACACAGACGAAAUGUAUCGCUGCAAAAAUUGGUUCUGUGCGCGCAGCAACAACAACAACUAUGUCGAUGUCGCACUAAAUGAGCCCGGAACAACAACAACAGCACCAGCAACAUCAGCAACAGGAACAACAGCAACACCGUUGUUGGCCAACAGCAACAACACUAAUAGCGUGAAUAGAGCUCGCAACAAAACCAAUAGCCAUCAACAGGCAAACGCCAGAGCCACGCCCACCGAUGACCACCCACCGCCAACAGGAGGAGGCGGAGGAGCGGUAGGUGCUGCUCAUGUGGUCACCUUUCUGGAGGAUGCCCCGAGUGGCAGUGGUGGCAGCAAUGGCGGCAUAACCAGCAGCCGCAUCGUAACCACUGCCGAGCUGCAUCAGGCUCACAUGCUGGAGCACCACUCCAAUCUGGAUGCCAUCGAGCAGGCCGACGAUUUCAUUUACGGCCCCGGUGCGGGUCUCUCACUAUGCGACGACAGUCUGCCCUCGGCCAAGAAUUGCUACAGACUCGUAAUGCUCGGCUCCUCACGCGCUGGUAAAUCGUCGAUUGUGGCACGUUUUCUGGGCAAUCGCUUUGAGGAGGCAUAUACACCAACUAUUGAGGAGUUUCAUCGCAAAUUGUAUCGCAUACGAAAUGAGGUCUUUCAAUUGGAUAUUUUGGAUACUUCUGGCUAUCAUCCGUUUCCCGCAAUGCGUCGUUUGUCAUUUCUAACGGGCGAUCUCUUCAUAUUGGUCUUUAGCAUGGAUUCUCGAGAGUCCUUCGAGGAGGUCGUACGCCUGCGGGAGAAUAUCCUAGAGACCAAAUGGGCUGCCCUCAAUCCAGGAUCUGGAUUUAAAAAGAAAAGUCUGCCAAAGAUACCGAUGAUCUUGGCAGGCAAUAAAUGUGAUCGCGACUUCAAAACUGUGCAAUUGGAUGAGGUGAUGGGCUAUAUUGCUGGCCAGGACAAUUGCUGCACUUUUGUGGAGUGCUCAGCACGUCAGAAUUAUCGCAUUGAUGAUUUGUUUUAUGCACUCUUCAUGGUCUCUAACUUGCCCCUGGAGAUGACACCGAAUCACCAUCGACGUCUAGUAUCGGUGUUUGGUGCGCCCUCGCCACUGCCCCCGCAUGGGUCAGUUGUCGGUGGCAGCAAGAAGAAUGCACUCUCCAUCAAGCGUCGUUUCAGCGAUGCCUGUGGCGUGGUCACACCCAAUGCCCGACGUCCCAGCAUCCGCACCGACCUCAAUCUGAUGCGCUCCAAGACGAUGGCCCUGAACGAGGGAGGCGAAGGUGUCCGCAAUACAUCCCGCUGGAAUCGCUGUGCCAUCAUGUAAUCCGAUCUCUCACUGAGAUGGCAAACAGAUUGCAAAUAGAGACCUCUGACGUCCAUGUGAUAGUAGUGAGAAGCGGUCAUAGUCUGUGUCUGGGUCUGGUUCGGAGUCUAGGAGAUACUCGUAUUUUAAUUUUAAAUGCAGCGUUUGGGUGAUUUUGAUAUGUAAUGUAAAUACUUGAAUAUUUAUGUGGUUAGCCUAUAAGCCAAGUAAAACUAAAGUAAUUAUUAUAAAUGCAUUUUACAUUUCUCGCAUUGUUAUUAAACUAUUUAUG